AGACAACACAGCCUCUCGCCGAGGACCCCGGUAACCAUGGUGCGUAAACUGAAGUUCCACGAGCAGAAGCUGCUUAAGAAAGUCGACUUUAUCUCCUGGGAGGUGGAUAAUAACCUGAAGGAGGUUAAAGUUCUGCGCCGGUUCCGCAUUCAGCAGAGAGAGGAUUAUACCAAGUACAAUAAGCUGAGUAGGGAAGUUCGAGAAUUGGCACGCAAAAUCCGAGAUCUUGAUAAGAAAGACUCCUUCCGGGCAAAGAGCACCAACCGAUUACUGGAAAAACUAUAUUCAGCAGGCCUGAUACCCACAAAGCAAGGUUUACACCUGUGUGAGAAAGUGUCAGCAUCAUCUUUCUGCAGGAGGCGUCUCCCUACUAUUAUGGUGAAACUUCGCAUGGCCCAGAACCUAAAAACAGCAAUUACCUUCAUUGAGCAAGGACAUGUGCGAGUUGGUCCUGAAGUCAUAACUGAUCCAGCCUUCAUGGUGACAAGGAAUACAGAAGACUACGUAACUUGGGUGGACUCCUCGAAAAUCAAGCAGCAUGUAAUGGAGUACAAUGAAGAGAGAGAUGACUUUGACCUGGUUGUCUAGUUCCAUGUUUUUGGGCGGACUGCCCUGUGCAUUACUUGGUUUAAGUAGAGGGAAUAUCGCCUUUGCUGACCUACUGACUGCAGUCACCAUUGCUGAAACAUCCUAACCUCAGGCCAUAUCUCAAGGCUGUAUGAUGGAACUAUUAAUUUAUGAACUUCUGUUUGGUUAUAAUCAGUCCACAACAAAUUUCCAUUUUAUCUCCAUCCUCAUACUUUUGUUGAUGCAAUAUAUAUUAUAAAACAUUCUAAUUUUCCAACAUGGUGGACUCUUCCUAAAUGGUUACAUUAAGUUAUUUUACUAGUUUUGGCAUAAUUUGUGUCAAAACAAAUUUAUAUGCUUGCAUUGAAGCAGUGAUUCAGUGUAUAGUCUUAUCAUUGCCUGCAAUAUUGUCAUUGUUGUACCAAAUUGGUGGGGAUGCAACUCGACUUCAAUUUCUGUAAACUGUCCCUUUAAGCGCACCAUAACUUCCACACUGAUCUGAUACUGAAACAACUACUCCCUAACUGUUGGCAAGUACAUUGUGUUAGUGCAGUCCUAUCAUUAAUCUGAUAUGAUUCUGAAUGAAUGUAUUUUGAAGUAAACUGCUCAUACAGGGGCCACAAGGAAGAUACACUCUCCAUCCCUAGCUCACAGAUCAGUCCAAAUGCACACACACACAUUCAAAAGAAAGCACCAACAGCCCAUUUUUUUUGUAACGAAGCAGAGAAUUCUAUUUGAAGCCAUUGCACAAUCAGCUGAUAAACAGCAGCCUUGUCCCAUGGGGUUUGCAGAAGGUGAAUUGCAUAUACUCAAACCAAAUCAAACCAGCCCCAUGUUAUCUUUGAUUCUCAGAGGACUGGAAAAGCAUUCCAAUCCCAAAGUUGAAUUCAAAUCAGAAGAUUCUUCAGAAGAAAAGAUUAAUUUUGCUUUAAACACAGUUCCCCAAACCCUGAUCUAGUAAUGUUCAUUUUGGGGACAAACGAAAUGUUAGUAGAUUCCAAAUGUUAUAAUACUGGAUUUUUGUUAAGAAUAAUGUACAAAUUAGUCCAACCUAUUUUUUUUAGACUACGGUGUUUCCAGCUCUACAAGUUUUUGUUACGCCAAGGUUUACAAAGGGUAACGUCAUCUUCUGUUAGUAUUUCUCAAUUUAAAAAAAAACUUCUAUAAAUAAACCCAACUCUUUCACAUUUUC